ACGGUUAAGAGGAAUUUCACGAAAGAAGUCGACGGCGCUGACGAGAACGGCGUCGUUGUAUGGGAUGAGGAGUUUCAAACCCGUUGUAGCUUAUCGGCUUAUAAGGAGAAUGUGUUUCAUCCUUGGGAGAUCGCUUUCUCUGUCUUGAAUGGCUUGAACCAGGGACCUAAGAACAAGUUUCCUGUUGUUGGGACAGCAUCACUGAAUCUUGCUGAAUAUGCUUCUGCUGCUGAACAGAAAGAGUUUGAGUUAAACGUCCCUCUCACACUCUCCACUGGUGCCGCUGACCCUUGUUCCCAACUCUGUAUAUCACUUUGCUUGUUGGAACUAAGAACUGCUCAAGAAACCACUGAGCCAGUACAGAGAGCAUUAGUGCCUGUUGCAUCACCUCUCCGGUCUGGAGAAACUGUCUCAACGGAAAAGGAUGAGCGCUCUGCAAUUAAAGCUGGCCUUAGAAAAGUGAAAAUUUUUACAGAGUAUGUUUCUACCAGGAGGGCAAAAAAAGCUUGUCGAGAGGAUGAGAGCAGUGAAGGAAGGUGUUCUGCCAGGAGUGAUGAUGGUGAAUAUCCAUUGGACACAGAUUCACUUGAUGACUUUGAGGAAGGAGAAUCAGAUGAGGGAAAGGAUGACAUUGUUGUCAGGAAGUCAUUUAGUUAUGGUACUCUGGCAUAUGCGAAUUAUGCUGGAGGAUCAUUUUACUCCAGCAUGAAGAUCAGUGAGGAAGGUGAGGAUUGGGUGUACUACAGCAAUCGUAAAUCAGAUGUUGGCUGCUCAAACAUUGAGGAUUCUGCCGCAUCAGUAUCAGAGCCAUCCCUGCUGCAGAGUUCCAAGCGCAGCAUUUUGUCUUGGAGGAAAAGGAAGCCGAGCUUCAGGCCUCCUAAAGCGAAAGGGGAGCCAUUGUUAAAGAAAGCCUAUGGAGAAGAAGGUGGGGAUGACAUUGAUUUUGACCGCCGUCAGCUUAGCUCUGAUGAAUCUCUUGCACUUGGGUGGCACAAGACAGAUGAAGAUUCAUCUGCAAACCGUUCAUCAGUUUCUGAAUUUGGGGAAGAUAAUUUUGCUAUUGGCAGUUGGGAACGGAAAGAAGUGGUAAGCCGUGAUGGACACAUGAAGCUUCAAGCGCAGGUCUUCUUUGCUUCUAUUGAUCAACGGAGCGAGCGAGCAGCUGGUGAAAGUGCAUGUACAGCCCUUGUAGCUGUUAUUGCUGAUUGGUUUCAGAACAAUCGUGAUCUGAUGCCUAUUAAGUCUCAAUUUGAUAGUUUGAUCAGAGAAGGCUCAAUGGAAUGGAGGAACCUCUGUGAGAAUGAAACCUAUAGGGAGUGGUUCGCUGACAAGCACUUUGAUCUUGAGACGGUUCUCCAAGCUAAAAUACGUCCUCUUUCUGUAGUGCCAAGGAAGUCUUUUAUUGGGUUUUUCCAUCCAGAGGGGAUGGAUGAGGGAAGAUUUGACUUUUUGCAUGGUGCAAUGUCAUUUGAUAACAUCUGGGAUGAGAUUAGUCGCACUGGUGCAGAAUGUCCUAACAGUGGUGAACCUCAGGUUUACAUUGUUAGUUGGAAUGACCAUUUUUUUAUCCUUAAGGUUGAACCAGAAGCUUACUACAUCAUUGACACAUUAGGAGAGAGGCUUUAUGAGGGAUGCAAUCAAGCUUACAUCUUGAAAUUUGACAACAAUACAGUGAUUCACAAGCUAUCAAAUGUGGCUCAAUCAUCAGAUGAUAAGCCAACUGGUGAUCAGCAGAUAGCAACAGCUCCAGCUGAACCUAAAAUUUCACAGGUUAAACAGGUCAAUGGGAGGGAGGAGGGUUCUGUUGCAGAGGCUGUAGUAACCAAACCUGAGGAAUCAGUCAAGAGUGAGGACAGUGAGGAGGUUGUUUGCCAAGGAAAGGAGUCCUGCAAGGAAUACAUAAAAAGUUUCUUGGCUGCUAUACCUAUUAGGGAAUUGCAGGCUGAUAUCAAGAAGGGUUUAAUGGCAUCAACACCACUACAUCACCGACUACAGAUUGAAUUCCACUAUACUGAGUUCUUGCAGCCACUACCUGAGACUUCCGCAACUCCAAUGACAACAGCCACACCACUGUCGCUCGAAGUUCCAUUAACUGAAUUUGCUGCAUAGAGACUUACUGUAAAUUCUAGGAAAAGUGUGAUUACUCUAACUUGUUUUCUUUCUUUUACCAUGGGUAUCCUAUGAUGUGAAUGUGGUUUAACAAAGAGGAACCCAUGUGAGCUUUUUUCAAUCAGUUUGGCAAAUAGAGUUGUGUUUCUCCUAAGUUGACUUCAAAAGAACAUCAACUUUUCUCAUAUGCUGGAGUUAAAUUUGUGUCUGUUGGCUUCUUUUCUAGUUGCAUCACUUCCCCAUUUGCCAUCUUUCUAGGGAGCAGGUUAACUGGUUUGGCUUAAACGCCUUUUAUCCUUUUAACAAUUGUCGAAAUAUUCUCCUGUUCUAGCAUCUGGCAU